GUAUGUGUAGUUUACACACAGUUUGAUCUUGCACAAAAAACUGCAUAUUGUAACUCCUGUCACUGCAGAGUUGUGUGGUGUCAAAUAUAGAUAAUAGCAUAUAAUAGUCCGUCAAAAUGUUUAGGGCUUCCUCACACCCCUUUUCUAACGCAGUGUCAUGUGCGUAACACCACCCACAGAGGAGGCGUAUGCGCCCAGCCCCGGUUAGGCUGUAGGGACUCCCGCACCCACACCGCGCCCAGGAUACCUUGGACUGAGACAUUCACAGAAGUAGCCAGGUCAGACGACCGGAGCGGUAAGGCUACAACAUGCACUCGCCACUGUGUGCUGUGUUUCAGCCCCUCAGCGCACCUGGCACGUCGCUCGGCUCAGUUUUCAGGCGAUCAAUUCUCUCUUUCCGUCUGUUUUGCACUACACAUCAGGAUGGCAGCCGAGCAGGUCAGUGGGGACCAUACGGUCAAUGGUUGAUAACUGCGCUUGUCCACACUCAUGGAGCAAUGGACUGCAGUUUAACUUGAAGAGGCACAUGGAUAACCCAGCCAAGCAUCUCUCAUCGGUGCAGGGGACUGACUCUGUGCCCGCACCCCUUGGAGAGAUUAUGUCGAACAGCACCGAAACAGAGGCAACAAAGGAUCAGAGGAAGGAUAUGGUGGUGCGUACGGUGACGGGCUGUCUGCUGUCCCUGCUCAUCCUAUGGACCCUGCUGGGAAACAUCCUGGUCUGCUCCGCGGUGCUGCGCUUUCGACACCUGCGGACCAAAGUCACCAACAUUUUCAUCGUCUCCCUGGCUCUAUCGGAUUUAUUUGUCGCCGUCCUGGUGAUGCCCUGGAAAGCUGUGGCAGAGGUGGCGGGGUACUGGCCAUUUGGCACUUUCUGUAACAUCUGGGUAGCUUUUGACAUUAUGUGCUCCACCGCCUCCAUCCUCAACCUCUGUAUUAUCAGCGUGGAUAGAUAUUGGGCCAUCUCGAGCCCCUUCCGAUAUGAGAGGAAAAUGACCCAGCGAGUUGCCUUUGUUAUGAUAAGCAUCACUUGGACGUUGUCUGUGCUCAUUUCAUUCAUACCGGUCCAACUAAACUGGCACAAAGCCAGCGGUGACGACAUGGCUGGGACGCACAACUCUUCCACAAGUUGGCAGAUAGAGGAAAACUGUGACUCCAGCCUGAGCAGAGAGUAUGCUAUAUCCUCCUCUUUAAUAAGUUUCUACAUCCCCGUGGCAAUUAUGAUUGUGACUUACACCAGAAUAUACCGGAUUGCACAAAUACAAAUUAGAAGAAUAGCCUCCCUGGAGAGGGCGGCAGAACAUGCGCAAAGUUGCAGGACAAACAGAAUUGAGUGCCAACACCACAAAACCUUGAAAACGUCAAUUAAACGGGAAACCAAAGUGUUUAAAACUCUGUCGGUGAUUAUGGGUGUAUUUGUGUUUUGCUGGUUACCUUUUUUCGUCCUAAACUGUAUCGUCCCGUUCUGCGACAGACCGGCUACAGACGUGGAUGCGGGUCUGCCGUGCGUCAGCGAGACGACUUUCGACGUCUUUGUGUGGUUCGGCUGGACCAACUCCUCCCUGAACCCCAUCAUUUACGCCUUCAACGCCGAGUUCAGGAAGGCCUUCGCCAGCCUCUUGGGCUGUCGCAAUUUCUGCUCCACACCAGUGGAAACUGUUAACAUCAGCAACGAGCUGGUCUCCUAUAAUCAAGACACCCUAAUGCACAAGGAUAUCGCGAACACAUAUGUCAACAUGAUCCCCAACGCGGUUGAAUGUAUUGAGAAUGAAGAGACUUUUGACAGAAUUUCACAGUUUUCUCACAACAAUGAAAACGCCACCGACUCGGUUUGUGACUUGGAGGACUGCGAAGCAGAUAUCAGUCUUGACAGGAUGUCACCAUUCACACCUAAUGGAUUACAUUGACUCCAACUUUGUGUCUCCCUGUGCGUAUUUGGAUGUAUUGAUAAUACUGUCAUCGUUCAUUUGCCUCCUUUGUCCCAGAAGCUGCUCUCCACAGGAAGACCACCUAUUACGGUCUACUGAGUUGCUGCAUUGCCUCUUGUAGCUGGUGAGGGAUCAAGUGACUUGCUCAUGGACACUCCAGCAGGGCGCAUGUAUCUGUAUCCGCCAGGCUACCCUGUCGCCACUUUACGUCAUAUAUGAGAUGUUAUGUUGUUGUACUGUUCUGAAAAAAAUUGAUGUGUAGGUGUUUAUUUACAUGACAAGUGAAGUUUGUGUUCAUUUGUUCAAAGGUGUUCGGUGUAGUUGAAGUUGUGGUUUACCGGAAGGCUUUAGUCUGGCGUCCGUGUCUCAUUUCCAUCUGCUUGGAGGAAAAAGAAAAUGUUUGUAAAAACUCACAUGAGGAUGAUGACAACCUUUUGCUGCUUAAAAACCUCGUGUAUCCAGUGCCCGCCUUUCCACUGAGUAUGAAAACUGAGGGAAGCCUUACAGACAGUGCAGCCAAGAUAGUUCUACUCAAUUGCAGUCAUUUCAGCGCCUUAUCUAAUUUAAGGAAGAAGUUUGAGACAUGGAAGGAAUGUGUCGUAUUACAUGAUGCCAAAAUGCAGUAUUAAAGUGUUUACCCACUGCACCCACCCCGGUGACUCAUCCAGCACGCAUCGUCGCACUAUGGACUAUUAUGCAGUUUGAUCAAGGCUCAGAUGGCCGGAGGCUUGGAUGGAGCUGAACAUGAUGUAAAAGGCACAACACCUAAUGCUAUGAAAGUGUAAAAGUGAGUCUGUUUACACUGGAAUCACAAAUCCAAAUCAAAGAACUUUGACUAGAACCAGAAGUCCCUGUACUGACCGGCCAUUGGCCUCUGGCCUAGCAAGCUGAUUGGCCCGGAGUGUCGGACCAUUGUUAACCCUUAAAGGACUACAGGAGGCCAGCGAUUUUUCCCAACAUUAUUCUACAGCUUUUACUUCUAAAAUGAAGAUAUUGGUAUAGUGUGAAACUAGACGAUAUAGGUGGGUGGAAUAACCUCCAACGUUUAGCACAAUCUUGGUGAGUGAAAAUCUGUCAAGGACAUUUUCAAUGGAGUCCCUUGACCUCUCACCUCAAGAUAGCCUAUCUCAAUGACAACAGGUUCUAUAGGUACCCACAGGUCUCCCCUUUACAUGUGUUCCCGCUUUAUGAGAAUCCCAUGCAUUCAGGGAAAAAAAACAUGCAGUUUUACUCAUGUAGUAUGUUCUAAAAUGGUGAAUUUGAAUAUUUCUUCAUAAAUUGGGUAUAACUGGAAAGCUAUGACUCUUGUGGAUUUAAGGAGGCAAAUUGUAAUCAUAUUUGAAGAUGUUCCUCCCCAAAGUAGCAAUUUCAUUGUAGUGACUCCACUUUUUUUAAACUUAUCCUCUACUGUUUAAAAUUAGUUAUUGUGACGGCUAGGAUAAUCACAGCUUAAUCAUGAGACUUAACAACCACAAACUAGAGACUGAGCAAAUUCAGAGGACAUAUGGCCAUAAGGAGGUUUCUGUGCAAAUUCCAAAACAGAAGUGCUCGCCAUCCAAAUACAGAUAAAUGCAGAAAUCAUUUUUUAUAAAAACAAAUUCAUAGCAUGGAUUUGUCUAUGAUGUUCCUUAAGGUCUUGGUGUCUUAACGUUGCAUUUUGGAGGGAUUUCUAACCAUUUUUGAUCAAUUCUCGAAUCAAAUCUCCUAACAAGUGGUAUCCACCCUGAAAUUGCUGCAACAACGUAUGAGAAAUAAUUGUUCAUAACAAUGGCCGUAUUAAGAGAACACAAAAAAAGUUAAAGCAUAUGUGGGCUGUUGGGGUUAUUUUCUUGGACUGCUGUUAGAUUCCUAGCCUGAAUUAUUAUCCCAAUCGAGGCCUGCAGCAGUCAUUUUAACGAUCAAAACUGCUACUCUUUUCUGUGACCUUUCAUUUCUCAUUAAGGCCAAAACUACUGAAUGGUUGUGCUUUAUCAACCACAGACAGGCAGCUUUAACUGACCUAACAAAAGAAAAGAAAGAAUCAAGGCUGUCCUGAAUGACCAAAGAUUUCGAGGAGUGAAUCGAUAACUCCAACACAAUAAGGCUACAGCGUUUAAGCAACUAGGAAUUUUUGCUAUAGAAAGCUCUCACUCACUCACACACACACACACACACACACACACACUCUAGGCCAACGGAACUGGAUGUCAUACAUCAUCUCUCCAUCUCUCCAACACCUCUCUCUAUCUUUGUACUGUACAGAUGACCUGAUCUGAAUGUAUACUACUGUCCUUUAAACAGUGAUGUGUGUCAUCAUUUGUCUAAUAAAAUGCUGUCAUGCUGAGAGAA